GGGGCGGGGCCUCCGCCACCACCCGUGCUGCGGACGGAGGCGAGAUGGCGGCCACUGAGGGGGUCGGGGAAUCUGCGCCAGGCGGCGAUCCGGGACAGCCCGAGCAGCCGCCGCCCCCGCCUCCCCCGCCGCCGGGGCAGCAGCCUCAGGAAGAAGAGAUGGCGGCCGAGGCCGGGGAGGCGGCGGCGUCCCCCAUGGACGACCAGUUCCCGAGCCUGUACUCGCCCACCUACGUCUUGUACAGGGACAGGGCGGAAUGGGCUGAUAUAGAACCAGUGCCACAGAACGAUGGUCCUAACCCAGUGGUCCAGAUCAUCUACAGUGAGAAGUUUAGAGAUGUCUAUGAUUACUUCCGAGCUGUUCUGCAGCGCGAUGAGAGAAGCGAACGAGCCUUUCAGCUCACUCAGGAUGCUAUUGAGUUAAAUGCAGCCAACUAUACAGUGUGGCAUUUUCGGAGGGUUCUCUUAAGGUCGCUUCAGAAGGAUCUACAACAGGAAAUGGACUACAUCACUGCAAUAAUUGAGGAACAGCCCAAAAACUAUCAAGUUUGGCACCACAGGAGAGUGUUAGUGGAGUGGCUAAAAGAUCCUUCUCAGGAGCUGGAGUUCAUUGCUGAAAUUCUUAGUCAGGAUGCAAAGAACUAUCAUGCCUGGCAGCAUCGGCAGUGGGUCAUUCAGGAGUUUCGGCUUUGGGACAAGGAGCUGCAGUACGUAGACGAGCUUCUCAAAGAGGACGUGAGAAAUAACUCCGUCUGGAACCAAAGACACUUCGUCAUCUCUAACACCACUGGCUACAGCGACCGCGCUGUGCUGGACAGAGAAGUCCAGUAUACUCUGGAGAUGAUCAAAUUAGUGCCACAUAAUGAAAGUGCGUGGAACUACUUGAAAGGGAUUCUGCAGGAUCGUGGUCUCUCCAGAUACCCUAAUUUAUUAAAUCAGUUGCUUGAUUUACAACCAAGUCACAGUUCCCCCUACCUAAUUGCCUUUCUUGUGGAUAUCUAUGAAGACAUGCUAGAAAACCAAUGUGACAACAAGGAGGACAUUCUUAAUAAAGCGUUAGAGUUAUGUGAGAUCCUAGCUAAAGAAAAGGACACUAUAAGAAAGGAAUAUUGGAGAUAUAUUGGAAGAUCCCUUCAGAGUAAACACAGCAGAGAAAGUGACACGGCAGCGAGUGUAUAGCAGUGAGAGCGUGCUGAAGAAGGACGAUGCUUUCCUUUCUAAGGGCCUCUAAUGCAGGAGUGCAAAGUAGAGCGAGCAUCCCUUGCCUGUGCGCUGAAGCUGUUGUCCAGGUGCUGCUUUCUAACAGGAACUAAGUACGAUGCUCCUGUGUGCUGACACUGUUCAGACUAGCUCUAAGAAAGAGAUUCUUCUAAAGCAAAGUCAUUGGAGGGGAGGGUGAAGAAACACCUCCCAUACAGGAACUACUGCUUUUGUAGUCUUACCAACAUUUAAUCCACUCCCGUAGAGUCAACUCCUGAAAGGUGUCUGUGCAAGGCUGUGUGCUGUAGUGACUAAGGGACUAUGUUAUUGAUUUGCAGUAACUUGAAUCUUGGUGCAUUAAACAGGGACUGCAACUGUUGAUUAGAGCUGCUGUGCCACACUCACAGAUCACUGUAACCAACUAAUGCCAAAAGAAAGGUUUUAUAAUAAAAUCACAUUAUCUAUAAUCAA